GAGGGCCAGAAAGCUCUGACGAAGGUGGAGCACGGCCUUUACAAACACAGCACUGCCAGCGCUUUCAUUUCUGCCUUCUCCCUAUCAAAAUAGGAAGCGAUGGUGAAAUUCGUCCUGCCAAACGUCGCUCUUCCGAAACGCAGCCCGCUUUAGGUACGGCCACGUGCUGGCGAUACCUCACAAAAGAUAAAGGCAGGCUUUACAUUUGAGGUUUACUUUGCGCCGCGUGCAAGCGCCACAGCCUGACCUGACUUCCUGUACGUAAGCCCUUCUUUCCACAGCCCCGCGCUUCGGACGGCUUUAUUCAUUAUUGAACGCGAGCAGGUUUGGAGGCACCGUUUUCCCCCACGGAGGGUGACGGGAGUUUAUUUACAGCUUGGUUUUGUAAUUUUGCUCCCGAGCAGAUCGGCAGCGCACGCUUCUGACACCUCGUUGCUCCGUGCUCUGGAGUAACGAUACGCAUCACCGUACGCACGAUCCGCAAUCUCGUGUGGAUUCAUCCCAACAGAACUUACGUUUGAGCGUCGACUCGGGCGUUAAAUGCCCUUGCCCGCUGUCUUCAAAGACGAUUGAAGAUGACACAAAAGCCCGGUUACAGUUUUGGCUGUUCGGUUUAACUGAACGGUGGGAAUUUUGCAGUGCUUUGCUGUCUGCUAAAGAGAUCCUGUUAAACGCUCUCAGUUUUGUUCUUUUCUUACUGUUAAAAGUGAGGGUGGUCUACUCCGAGUGCUCAAGUACAGCACUACUCAAUUUAUUCCAUUUUAUCUUCCUAGAGGGGCUCUUUCUAAUUUAUUUGGUGUGUUUAAUUGAAGGAUAAAGUACAAAGUAAAUGGUUGAUAGGUAUUGCCACGUUUCUGAGCUAAGUUUAGGUUUCUUCUAUCCUUGGAAGCUGAGAUCCUAACGUGUCAGCAGCACAGGAGUAAGACUACCCACCAUCAGACUGUUCGAAAAACUUAGUUUGGCGGCAGCAGCACGAAAACCCACAAAACUUUGCAGCUUCAUUUUAGUCGCCGUUGAGUUUCCCACCAGGUCUAUACGGCAAACUUCUGCUGGCACAGCUCUGUCUGCGAGCGCUGUGACGAAGUGUGACCCGUGACUGACAUCGCUGUGCCAGCAGAAGUCCCAGCUGCAGAAGCAGUUAUCUGCAAAAGUGCGCUUUUACUGAUAUAGCUUGUUUUCGUUUUUAAAGGGUGUUUUUCCCUAUCCUGGUAGCAGAGCUGCUGCCAGUAAAGCACCGUGCUCCCAGGGAUGUAGUGUAAUCCCACAUUUAUUUGCCUGGCUCCGAAGGGACAACCGGUCAGGGUGUAUUUUCUGUGUGCUGCUCUCCUCUUCCCGUCCACCGUCUGUAGGAGCUCAGUCACGUUUGCAGUGGGAAUUCUGUUGUGAAACUAACAGGGAUGCCAAAGGAAAAAUAUGAUCCUCCAGAUCCUCGCAGAAUUUACACCAUCAUGUCAGCAGAAGAGGUAGCCAACGGGAAGAAGUCGCACUGGGCUGAAUUAGAGAUCUCGGGUAGAGUGCGGAGCUUAAGUACGUCACUUUGGUCGCUGACGCACUUGACUGCUCUGCACCUCAAUGACAAUAAUCUUACUCGCAUUCCGCCUGAUAUUGCCAAGCUUCAUAAUCUGGUUUACCUGGACCUGUCAUCCAACAAACUCAGAAGUUUACCAGCAGAACUAGGAAACAUGGUAUCUCUCAGGGAAUUGCUUUUAAAUAACAAUCUGUUACGGGUUUUGCCUUAUGAACUUGGACGGCUCUUCCAGCUACAAACCCUAGGUUUGAAAGGCAAUCCUUUAUCACAAGAUAUUCUCAGCCUCUACCAGGAUCCAGACGGAACUCGAAAGCUACUGAACUACAUGCUUGACAAUCUAGCAGUUCAUCCAGAGCAGCUGCCUCCAAGGCCAUGGAUUACUUUAAAAGAACGAGACCAAAUUCUGCCCUCAGCUUCGUUCACAGUUAUGUGUUACAAUGUGCUGUGUGAUAAAUACGCCACCCGGCAGCUCUAUGGCUACUGCCCAUCUUGGGCGCUCAAUUGGGAGUAUAGAAAAAAGGGAAUCAUGGAAGAAAUCGUCAACUGUGAUGCAGAUAUCAUUAGUCUUCAGGAAGUGGAAACAGAGCAAUACUUCACCCUUUUUCUGCCAGCCCUGAAAGAACGAGGAUACGAUGGAUUCUUUUCUCCAAAGUCACGUGCCAAAAUCAUGUCUGAGCAGGAGAAAAAGCAUGUGGAUGGCUGUGCAAUAUUCUUCAAAACUGAAAAAUUUACGCUGGUGCAGAAGCAUACGGUGGAGUUCAACCAGGUGGCGAUGGCUAACUCUGAAGGUUCGGAAGCUAUGUUAAACAGAGUGAUGACGAAGGACAACAUCGGAGUUGCCGUGGUGUUAGAGGUGCACAAAGAAUUAUUUGGAGCAAGUAUGAAAUCGCUUCAUGUGGACAAACAGCUGCUUAUUGUGGCCAAUGCCCACAUGCACUGGGACCCGGAAUACUCAGAUGUGAAACUCAUUCAGACCAUGAUGUUUGUCUCAGAACUGAAAAAUAUCCUCGAGAAAGCCUCAAGCAGGCCCGGUAGCCCGACAGCAGAUCCUAACUCUAUCCCUCUGGUGCUGUGUGCGGAUCUCAACUCAUUGCCUGAUUCAGGUGUAGUGGAAUACUUAAGCAAUGGCAUAGUUGCUGACAACCACAAGGACUUCAAGGAGUUGCGUUAUAACGAGUGUCUGAUGAACUUCAGUGGCAACGGAAAAAACGGGGCUUCUGAAGGAAGAAUUACGCAUGGCUUCCAACUCAAGAGCGCCUACGAAAACAACUUGAUGCCUUACACCAAUUACACUUUUGAUUUCAAAGGUGUGAUUGACUACAUUUUCUAUUCCAACACUCACAUGAACGUGCUUGGUGUCCUGGGGCCUUUGGACCCUCAGUGGCUGGUUGACAACAACAUCACUGGGUGUCCACACCCUCACAUCCCUUCAGACCACUUCUCACUGUUAACACAACUCGAACUCCAUCCUCCGCUCCUGCCUCUUGUCAACGGUGUGCACUUGCCUAACAGGAGGUAGUGGAGCCCUGCCCCUUUGAGGGCGAGGACCUGUUGUUAUGGACCUGUACAGUUGUAAAUCAAAGUAUAUAGGAGUGAAGUAUGGCCAACCUUAAGCUGCUUCUUCGAGCUCCUUUCCUUAUGUGUUUGAUAUGAGAUUUUGCACAUUUUGGUGCAUAUUGGUAUCAUUUGGCACUAGGGCUGGAACCAAAGUAUUAUUCCCUUUCCAGGUUUUUAAUUUAAUUUCUUUUGGUUUUUUUUUUUAAACUGGCAAGCUUUUUCUUUUCAGUAGGAAGCUGCACUUAUAAAUCGACAAAUGAGACUAAAAACUUGCUUAUUAACCUAUUCCAAGAUAAUGCUUUUUUCCAGAACGUGGCGAAAUGAGCCAACCUUUUAGGAGAAAGAAAACAAAAAUAGAAAUGCUUGUUUUGUAGGAAAAAAUAUUAGAAAUACUCUUUCUUUGAACCCAAAACGGAGAUUGAACUCUGCAUCCAAAAUAAAUUUUGCACAUUAGCAAAGCACUUAAUACCUGACUGUAAAUGAUUAGCAGUGUGGCCCUGCCCCUUGUCUAACAAAUAUUAGAAAACCAAAGAUGGCUCAAUAUCUGUGAUAAAAUUUGAGGUCUAAAUUCUCCUGACGUAAUUUCAUUUACAACGAAAUUUCCAGCGAAGCUACGUCUCACGAGACUUUGCAGGUGAGCGUUUAAUGCUGCGUAUAGAUCGCUUGCUCGGCAGACGCCGCGGUGACUUUUUUUCGGAGCUCCGAAGAACUCGGCAGCACAGUUUGGGAGCAGGACUUAGAAACGGUAAGAUAUCGCACUCGAAGCGAGCCGUUGCAAGCGUUUGGGUGCCGGGUGAAUAAAGAAGUUGCAAAUCCAUCCUCGGUUCCCCUUUUCCGAAGUUUGGUUGCAAAGAUGGGAAAGCUUGGGAUUAAACGCUUAAGCGUAGGGUACAGGAAAAAGCCACUGGAAACGAUCUUACUUCUGUCUCCGACGGGCACGCGGAGUAGCUGUCGGCAUGCUUUUUCCAUUGGGGAAGCGAGCGGUAGCCGUAAUCAUUCCUUGGAUUAUUUUUCCUGACCCUAGUUGCCAAAUAACCAUCACACUUUUUAAAUAAUCUAUCUUUUCUGUUAUCGGUCAGGGUUGGAUUAAAAAGCUGCUGGUUCAUUCCCAACUGUUUAUGCUCUUUGGAUGUGUUGGAAAUCUUUUUGUUCCUCUUUUUUUUUUCUUUUUUUUUUUUCUUUUUAUGCUCUAGGUGGCCAGUUCAAAACCUUGUGCCUCAAGAGGCAUUAAACAUAAUGCAAUUUUCUGAAAAAAAUUGGUUGGCUGCUUAAUGUUUAAAAAAAAAAAUGGCACAGUGAUAGGAAAAGGUUGUGUCUGUGUUUUUAAGUUUUUCUUUAUUCUGCUUUUUUGCUGCUAUAAGAUUUUCUUGAAUUUAUAUUUUAAACUUUUCAUGCACUUUACUGUUUCUAGUCUCAAAAUGUGAUAUUUUUAAUAAAUGAAAAAAUUUUCCAUUAUGUGAAUGAAAUUUUUAAACAGAUUGAGAGCCUAUAUUUCUGUCUCAUUCGUAUACUUAAAAAAAGUCAAAUUUAAAUUGUGAAAUUAGUUUUAAUUACUGAGGAGCCAUCUUCUGUCUUGCAAAACUGCCAGAGGCUGUUCCUCUACUCUUUAAUUAAACAUUUCCUUUGUCGUUUUAUACAUAGGAAAUUAUCCAUAGAGGGGGGGAAAAAGCAAAAAAAAAAAAAAAAUCAAUUGGACCUGGAGUAGAAACUAUUCCCUGACUCUUGUUGGGGGCCGGGGAGGGGGUGGUGCGGGACAGAACACAAAAAUCGGUUUAACGAAACAACAACUCCCUUUUAAAAGAAGUGCCUAAAACCCCCCAAAAAACGGAGGCGUCAUCUAGCAUCUGCUAUCAAUUGGAAGCGAUCGUAGCUGGGUGAAAUCCCUGUACAGCAAUUGCUUUGUGCAGCACCAAAACAAAACAAAAAACCCCCAAAAAAGCCCUUUAAAGACGGAUUUUCCUCUAGGUGCAGGUAUCUCUUUUUUAAUAUACCUCAGCGUUCGCCACCUAGCCGUUGCAGAUAAACUGCGAAAGCGAUUUGAGAGUAUAGUACUGGAAAGUAGAAUAGCAUGAAAAACUUAAUUUUGUGGACAUUACCUUUCUGUAAUCAGCUACUGUAUCUUUUUUUGGAGGGGGGGUGCUCUGCUCUGGAGGUGUGCACUAACAAACCCUUCUCCUCCUUUUCCUACACGCAUGUUAACUAGCAACGUGAGCAAUAUUUCCUACCAUACUUCACUCCCAAUAUUUUUUGAGAUGUUUGUAUAAAAUGGAAUUUAAAAUUCACCUAUGAUUGUAUAUGAACUGCAGAGGAGCCCGUUUAUUAAUAAAAAGAAAACCCAACAACAAUCUUUUGUAAUAUCGGGGUGGGAGAGGAUGGGGAUGAAAAAAAAAAACAAAACCCAACCAAAACCCUGGCAAACAUUGUGAACUGCUUAAGUUUGACUUUCCUUGGGUUUCUAACCGAUCCAAGAGUUGCAGGAAGGUGUUUAAUUGGAUUUUCUCUGCUGCGAAACGCACUUCUGAACGGCCACGACGCUGUGCGAUUUUUUUUUUUUUUUAAAUGUUAUUUUAACAGACGUUGCACAAAACCUCUGGAUUUUAAAAAAAAUGAAUCUCGUUUAUGUUUCAGUUGGUGCACAUAACCGGGGAUGUGUUUACCCGCCUUUCACCUGUCUGGCUCCCUCCCCGUUUUCCUUCUGGUUUUUUCCCUUCCUGGCAGGAGCAAUAAGGGGAUUGCGUUUUUUUUUUUUCCCCCCCAGCCGAGCAGAAACGCCGCUCUCCGUAGGGAUUUUCUGCCUUAGGAAGAGAGGGAGCGGGGAGCCGUCAGCCUGGCGCGCAGGAUGAGAUCCCUUUCGGUAAACGUACGCGUCGUCCAGAUGGCAACGCUAAUUUUCUUUUGACCCAGAUGGAAGCUGACAGUAGGGUGUUUUCUAGGGGAGAGGGAACAAUACGAAACGAAAUAUCCCUAACCCUAAGCAGAGAUGGAUGAGAAACCAGCAGUUCUCUCCAUCGCUGACCCUCGGUUCCCGGCACGUCGCAGCGUCCUCGCAGCUGACGCCUGGGGAAAAGGGGGGGGAAAAAAAAAAAGCUCCAAAUCCUUUACUGCUCCUCACUGUCUUGGUUUGCUUUCAAAAAUAUGGUGCCUGGUGUCAACUUCUAAGCAACAGCACUGCCUAAAGCAAGCAGAGAAAAAAAAAUCCAACACCCUUCUACAAGCAACUUUUUAAAAUUCAGUAUGGUAAAUCUGUUCGAUACGGGGUUUUGUGUGUGUGUAUAUAUAUAUAAAAACAAAAGAGAAUUUUGUACAAUGUAGCUGAAUAUUUUUGUUUCCUUAUUUCGAUGUAAGGAGCGUGAACAUUUGCGUGCCACGCGCUGAAGUCGGGUAUGGCACAACGGGGUCCGAGGCCAGCUUUGCUUCCCGUUUGCCUCGGUAGAAGCUUUUGUCGUCUCUUUCUAGCAUUUGUUGAGAAAUUAUUUCAUUUUAUCGGUAAGCUUUCCCCGUCUGUUGGAAGCCACUCCUGUUUAGUCUGCAGACGCAUUCAGCAAAAGUCUCAUUAGUCCCAAGUCCUCGCUGUUCUGUGUUUUAUAGACUAGAAAGCCAAAAUCUUUGACUCUCAACCUUUUCAGAAGCACUUGCCACUGACCUAACGCAGCUUUCAAAACCGUACCGCGACCUCCGGCGUUCGGGUGACGCUGUGGAUGGCCGAUGGUCUCCCACCUUGCUGGCUUUGCUGCGGAGACGCCUAAAUCCACGUUCACGUUCUUGAACUCCCGAGGCCCGCUUUACAAAGAUGCUGAGCGUCUGCGGCUCCGGCUUAACCCCAAAGAUUGGGCUUUUGGAGACCGGCUUUCCGCACCCGGCUCGUGAGACGUCUGGUCCGAAUCGCGAGCGAGAAUUUGAGACCUCAAAGGUUUAUCCCACUUGUUUCCCCGGGGGUUGGUUUUGGUGAGGUGGUGGUGGGGAAGAUGAAAGGGCUUGUUGAAAUUCAGAGUUUCUCUGUUAAUUUAAAAGACGGGUUGGGGAAACACCAGAAGGAUUCCUAGACACGAGCACAGCGUUCACCCCUUCUUGGUGGGGCGCAGGGGCCAGAAGUGGCCGCCGGUCCUUAUUAUCUGAAAACCAGAUUUAAAGCCAGCAAAACAGCAGCAGUUACUUCAUUUCCACGAUGCCUUUUCAGCUUCGGGCAUCAAAACCUUCCUUCAGCACGAAACUUGGCAUAGCGAGGGGGAGGGAAAGGGGUUGGGUUUUUUUAAGUCUUAUCCACACCAAACUAAUAGCCUGCAGCGGGAAUAUCACCAAAGUGCGAUACGCACCCUCGUACAGGUUUAAAAGGGGGGCAGAGGACCUGGUUUGUCAGAGAUUGGAAAAGAAACGAGCUCCAGAUGCAGAGAGGUUUGGGUUUUUCUGAUAGACGCAAUUAUUAGCCGAGUCUCUCCAGCUCCUAGUGAGGAAAAGCACCUUGCGAUUACGCAGCUCGUCUUUUUUUUUGGUUUUUUUUUCCAAGUUUACAGAAGUAUCAUCACGUACCUGCCCUUUCUCACCCUUCAGCGUUCAAAGGCGACACAAACCCCGAGAGAACCCGGUGGAAACCAGUCGUGUCUUAAGUCUCUAUGCCAAGCGCCAGCCAAGAACUCGCUUUAGGAUUAGAAACAAUUUUAGGAGGAGAUUAUAAGGCUGUAGCUCCAGGCGCAGCUCUAAGCGACACGGUAUCUUCCCUGUGCCCGCUCUGUGCGCUGACACCGACCGCGCGUUAGCUCUUCCUCCAGGAAACGAGAGCAGGGACAAAAGCAGAGCGGAUGAGGCAGGCGCAGGCAUCGCACCAUCAGAAAAGGGACAGAAUUAACACCUUUCGAAACUCCCGCAUCCUAAAAAAAAAGUUAUUCGACUCUAUAAAAGGUAUGAAGAGACCAGAGCGUUUGCUGGAUUGGCUAUGUUUGAGGAUGACGGCCUUCAGGAGUGCAGGUUUUUUGGAAUAUAUCUGAAAAUAAGCGUGAACAUAGAGAGACGCUCGGGUACUUGCGUACUUCAGGGUGUUUUAAACAGCGUGGAUGGCAAAGCACGCCAAGUGAUACGACUCUUUCCUCCCUCCCUGCGAUCCUACGGUGCGUUUAGCUUGCAAAAUCUCUCACCGUUUGAGUGGCGAAGGUUAGAGUGAUCCUGGUACUCGGUCUUGUCCUCUUCGUUAAACAGUUCCUACGAUUUAGGCAUUUACUGAGUUUGCAUUUGUCUGUAUCUGUCUUUGUUCCAAAGCAAAAAAAAACCCCAAAACCACCCAAUCAAAAAAAAAAAAAAUCCUCAUGGUGGCUUUCUUUACCGGUGACAUGUUACAUGACUUUGGCUUUGUUUUCCAUUUUUAAUUAUCGCAUCGUGUGUUUGCUUUGCGAGCAAUUAAAGUGUUUGUGUGCACCA